ACAGCGGCGCGACCGAGCGUCCGAAUGCGCGCAGUUUCGAGUACGCCGUGAACUCACGCGUCUAACCUAACCUAAUAACCUAAGUUGGAAUACCUUGUGUAUACUUGUGAACUUGCAACUGUUGUCCGAUAAAUCUAAUUUCGUUUGAUAUUCGAUUAACAAAUUAAAAAAAUUGGACCAAGAUGAAUAUCCCGCCGAUUCAACAGCCAGGAACGAUGGGAGUAGCACAAAUGGGACAGCCGGUGAAUUCUCAAUUGGCUCAGAAUCAACAGCAGGCACAGCAAACUCAACAGCAACAGCAGCAGCAACAACAACAACAGCAGCAACAGCAGACACAGGACAAACUGGAUAAUAUUUCCAAAGUGAAAUCUUUGGUUGCUCCCCUGAGGGAGUCACUAGCCAUAGCUCUUAAAACUGCAGCACAGACAUUACAUCAAAACAGUUUGGUUGAUGUAGGAAAAGGUAUAGAACAGCCGGAUCAUCGUUUUAACAAGAACAUGGAAGAAUUUUACUCCAUUUGUGACCAAAUUGAGCUACAUCUGAAGACUUCCAUGGAGUGUCUGUCACAGAACUCCAGUUCAAUUCGGUAUCUACCAAUGGCAGUUAUAACGACUCGCACCGACACAGUGAGUACACAGGAAGGACCAGCGCUAUCCUAUCCACAAUUCCUCAUGACGGUGCGAGCACAAGUGAAGUAUGCUCUUGAUGUUCAUGCAGCUUUUAUGGCUUGCGCCGAUGUGAUAACGAAUGGUGACCUGGCUUUACAACAACAGCAGCCGCAACAUCAACAUCAACACCAACAUCAACAUCAGCAUCCUCAAUCCUCAUAAAUUCUAGAAAAAUAUGUGUCUGACAAAAUAAGACAUCAAAAAUGAAGAAGCCAAAUUGACUGUCCUUUCAUGGUCUAAUGAUAUAAAUAUUGUUAUUUAAUUAUACACGCGCCAACAAAAUACAUAGUUAUUGUAAUUGAUAUGUGUAAGAAAGUAUUUUAAGAUAGUCUAUGUUAAUAUGUAUUAUGUAUGUAUCAUCAAGUGAUGAGGUUUAAACAAUAAGGAUUUUUUUCAUUUUAGAAAUGGAUGAAAUUUAUAUUGUAAUAACAAGACUUGAGUCUGACUAAA